GCCUGCCGCUGAUGAUGUUGAACAAUGCGGUCUAUUGUUUAAACUUCGACAUUUGGCUGUGAAUUGGAAGAGCAUCAAUAAUUGUUAACCAUUAAUGGUUUUAAAGCGAAGUUUACAGAAAAAGGAAUCCUAUAUAAAAGGGAAUUGCUGUGAGAUGUGUACCAAAGUCUUUAAUAUCUUUCAUUUUCAUGGCAACGCAAACGUUCUCAUCUGAUGGACCUGUCAGUUAUUUCUUUUGCUAGCUGUUCGUUGUCUUUGGAAUUUAAGAAUGGCCGGAACUCUUCAGAUGCAAUGUGAAGAUUCGGACAGUCACAACGAAUCAUUUCAAAGACUUGUGGCAACGAUGACAGCAGGUUCCCCGUGCUCUUCUCAGGAGACUGACCAGGGCAGCACCUCUUUCUUAAGACCCCGCCUCCUUCGUCGGCGCCGAAAAUCCCCAUGCUUCCAGAAGAUGGUCCGCUACAUCGCCAAGAAUUACCUGACCAGAGACGGUGAUCGACAGUACUACGCCGACAGAUAUACCUGCUGCCCCCCUCCUUGGUUCAUACCUGCAAUUACAUUGGCAGAGAUCGGUCUAUUUACGUAUCACUGUGUGGACGCUGGUGCUAUUUCUGCGAACGGACCAAUCCCUGUAGAAAGUGUGUUGAUCUACCGACCAGACAAGAGAAUUCAGUUGUGGCGCUUCAUUCUGUAUACGCUCAUCCACGCAGGAUGGGUUCACUUAUUUUUCAACAUGCUGGUUCAGUUCCUUGUGGGCCUGCCCCUGGAGAUGGUCCACGGGUCAGGGCGGGUAAUGUUGGUGUAUGGAUCUGGAGUGCUAGCUGGGUCCCUGGGAACUUCGGUGUUUGAUAUGAAGGCGUACCUCGUGGGGGCCUCAGGGGGAGUUUACUCCCUCCUGGCAGCCCAUCUGGCUAACAUCAUGCUGAACUAUUCUGAAAUGGAAUUUGGUGUUAUAAAAUUGGGUGCUGUUUUAACGAUAGCCAGUGCCGACGUGGGCUUUGCUGUAUGGGACAGACUUCUGGAGAAGGACCUACUUCCCCAAAUCAGCUACACUGCCCACCUAAUGGGGUCGCUGGCGGGGCUCACCAUGGGGCUUCUGGUGCUGAAGAACUUUGAUAAGAAACUAUACGAGCAGUAUCUCUGGUGGAUUGCUUUUGCUGUGUAUGUGGGAAGUAUAGUUUUCGCCGUGUGCUGGAAUGUCUUUUACUAUUAAUUCCGUUCUAGCAAUUGUUUCGAAUGUUCCAUGACCUUGCUUGAUAUUUUGUUACUUGUUUACUAUUUUUACCGUUUAUUAAAUAUUUUAAAAAAAGAA